CAGAUUUGCCAGCACACGUGUGACUGAGGGAAAAAAGAGCGAUCGAGCCAUCUCUGUUUCGAAACAAUCUUAACAGCUGGUUGGAAAGAAGUAGACUUCUAUCAUCUUUGGUUGUUUGAUCAUAUUGUCAAAAAUAUGUCAUCUUUUAAGAAGGCCCAAAAGGCGGCGCAGAAAAGCCACCGAGAAAGAUCUCAACCUUCUAGUCGGGCCAGAUUUGGGCUUCUAGAAAAGAAGAAAGAUUAUCAACUGCGAGCAAGAGAUUAUCACAAGAAACAGGAUGCACUCAAGUUGUUACGUCAGAAAGCACAGGACAGGAAUCCAGAUGAGUUUUACUACAAGAUGAUCAGCACAAGAAUGAUUGAAGGAGUUCAUACAAGACUGAAGAAAGACGAACCAACGACCGAAGAGCAAGUUAAGAUGAUGGAUACUCAGGAUCUAAGAUAUGUCAACCACAAGAUGACUGUGGAAUCAAAAAAAAUUGAGAAGCUGAAAUCCAGUCUUCAUAUGCUUGAAGAUACGGAGGAGAAGCCAAAGAACAAACAUACAUUCUUUGUGGACACAGUCAGAGAAGCAAAUGAAUUUGACCCAGCCAAGCAUCUCAACACGCAUCCUGCCUUGCUUCACCGAACACACAAUCGUCCCACUCUAUCCAUGUUAUCUGAUCCAUCAAUGCUGAAGGCCAUAGCUGGGGGCAGUGCAGAAGAAGGGACUUCUUCAGGCAUACUGGCCGUUGGGAAAGAGAAAAAGAAGCGUUACCAUGAGCUGAGCCAGAGGAUAGAACGAGAGAAACAGCUCAACAUCAUAGCACAGAAAAUGGAAGCAAAGAAACAUUUCAAGGAUAAAACUCGUAAGAGGCUGGUGAAGGAAGAGACACAAGAGUCAGCACCAGUCUUCAAAUUCCACAUGCAACGGAAGAGAUGACACCUGCCCAUCAACAAACUUACAUUACUACACUGUAUUAUCCAUCUUCCAUGAAUAUCAGAAGAAUAUUCCUUUGCAGAGGGACCAAUGUCAUUUCUCUCUAUGGAUAUGUAUAGUCACUCUUUGUCUGCUAGAGAGUAGAGACUGAUGUCCUAAAUGGCCACAUUUUUUGUAGCAUAUUUUACAUGUAUAUAUUGUAUGUAUGACAAAAGUUGACUGUAGCAGUCCCAUGUUUCUCCCAUUGGUAGAUUAAGGAGGUCAGUGCCUGUCAUUAAAGAGGCAGUUUUUAGCUGCGUUUAACUUGUUGAAAUGGAUGUUCCCAAACUCAACUUUCACGCCGAGUGCUAAUAGUAUUCGAAGAGAAACCUACCAAAAGUGAUCAUGAAUGUUUUAUCAUGCAGGUUAUUUGCCAUUUGUUGUUUGGACCUGCAAAAUAUAAACAAACAAAAGUCUGCUGGAAA